AGGCGCAGCUCUUCCUGGUGAACAAACACUGACAACUACAGGGCAGCCUCAGCGAUACCCGCUUCCCAGAACGGCCACACACCUUCUCCUUCACCCCCAAAACAAGCCCUAAACAUGGCUGCUGACCGUAAACACGUCGCGCAGUUGAAAUCCGAACUGUACUUCCUAAUAGCCCGAUUUUUAGAAGCUGGACCUUGUCAGGACGCGGCAGAGACCUUGAUACGGGAGGUUCAGGAGAAGGAGCUGUUACCCAAAAGGAUUGACUGGACUGGCAAAGAACACCCAGGGAGUUACGAAAAUUUGGUGAAAUUGUACAGGCACAUUUCUCCUGAUCACCUGUUGCGGGUAUGUGAGAGAGUUAGUCCUCUUUUGGAGAGGGAAGUGCCAGCCAGCGUACCUGGAGUCAACUCACUGCUGGGAGCCGGACGUCAGUCAGUGCUACGUUCCAACAAGAGUUGUAAGCACGUGGUAUGGAAGGGAUCCGCCCUCGCAGCCCUGCACUGUGGCAGGCCACCCGAGCCGCCAGUCAUCUAUGGAAGCCCGCCCAAUAUUGUGGAGACAACAUACAGUCGGAGGCUGAACGGCUCAUAUCGGCUGGGUCAGCUGGUCCCUACAGCUGUUUACCAACACAUGAAGAUGCACAAGAGAAUUCUGGGACAUCUGUCAUCUGUGUACUGCGUUACCUUCGACCGAACUGGUCGCCGCAUCUUCACAGGUUCGGACGACUGUUUGGUGAAGAUCUGGUCGACGGACAAUGGGCGUUUGCUGGCGACACUGCGAGGUCAUGCAGCGGAGAUUUCAGACAUGGCUGUGAAUUAUGAAAACACCCUGCUGGCAGCCGGCAGCUGUGAUAAAAUGAUCAGAGUGUGGUGCCUGCAGACCUGUGCCCCGUUGGCAGUCCUGGAAGGCCACGCGGCAUCCAUCACAUCAUUACAGUUCUCUCCUUUGUGUAGUGGCAAUAAGAGAUUCCUAUCCUCUACUGGUGCUGAUGGCACCAUCUGUUUCUGGCAGUGGGAUGCACGCACACUAAAAUUUGGGCAGCGGCCCAGCAAAUUCACAGAGCGACCUAGACCUGGCGUCCAGAUGAUCUGUUCCUCUUUCAGUGCAGGUGGAAUGUUUUUGGCGACGGGCAGCACUGAUCACAUCAUUAGGGUUUAUUACUUUGGAGGUGGACAACCAGAGAAGAUAUCUGAGCUGGAAUCUCACACUGAUAAAGUCGACAGCAUCCAGUUCUCCCAUGGUGGAGAUAGGUUUGUGAGUGGCAGUAGAGAUGGCACAGCGCGGAUAUGGCAGCUGCAGCAACAAGAUUGGCGGAGCAUACUGCUGGACAUGGCCACUAAACUACCCGGCAAGUACAACCCUCCACCUUUAGAGGACAAAGUUACAAAACUGAAGGUCACCAUGGUGGCCUGGGAUUGCCAUGACAACACAGUCAUCACCGCUGCCAACAACCUGACACUGAAAGUAUGGAACUCCUACACAGGGCACCUCAUUCAUGUAUUAAUGGGGCAUGAGGAUGAGGUGUUUGUGUUGGAGCCACAUCCAUUUGAUUCCAGAGUGCUCUUCUCUGCUGGGCAUGAUGGUAAUGCAGUUGUCUGGGAUCUGGCGAGAGGAGUCAAAAUACGUUCUUACUUCAACAUGAUUGAGGGUCAGGGCCACGGCGCAGUGUUUGACUGUAAGUGUUCUCCAGACGGGCAAAACUUUGCUUGCACGGACUCGCAUGGUCACCUGCUUAUCUUCGGCUUUGGGUCUAGCAGCAGAUAUGACAAGAUAGCUGAUCAAAUGUUCUUCCACACUGAUUAUCGGCCGCUGAUCCGUGAUGCCCAUAACUUUGUGCUGGACGAACAGACACAGCAGGCUCCUCAUCUCAUGCCCCCACCAUUCCUGGUGGACGUGGAUGGGAACCCUCACCCCCCACGUUACCAGCGACUAGUUCCUGGUAGAGAGAACUGCAGGGAGGAACAGCUCAUUCCACAGAUGGGCCUCACAUCUUCAGGGCUGAAUCAGGUGGUUAGUCAGCAGGCUGCAGAAGGCUCUAGUCCUCUUGAUAGUAUGAUCCAGAGACUACAGCAAGAGCAGGACCAUAGACUGGGGUCUGACACCAGAGCCAAUAGAGGAUCCGUCAGUUCCCCCACAGAGGUCACUUCUCCUCCUAACGUGGGGCUGAGGCGGAGCGGACAGAUUGAAGGUGUUCGGCAGAUGCACAGUAAUGCGCCACGCAGUCAAAUCGCCACAGAGAGAGACCUGGUGGCCUGGAGCCGACGGGUCCUUGUACCUGAACUAUCACCAGCCAUAGCCUGUAAGCAGGAAAUGUGGCGUACAGCUAAAGGAGAGGAGGAGAUCAACAUCUACAGAUCAGAAAGGAGGAGACGCAGUAUACACAGCCAGUACCACAGAGAAAACCGGCACGCUAUAGAAAGUGUAGUGGAGGAGGGGCGGCGUCACCAGGGCAACCAGCACAACUACCAUACACGUUUGGCAGUGGAGGAGACGAGUCGGCAGAGUGAACCCAAUGAGGAAGAGCACAGCGCCUCUGAGGGAGAGGCAGACGUAAGACCUCCAGAGAGCAGAGAAUCAUCAGAUGAGGAGAGAGAGGACAAAGAACCCUGGCCUGAUGAUAACAGCAGCUCCAGUGAUUACUCUAGCGAUUACUCAGACUGGAUGGCAGAUGCUGGCAUAAACCUAGAACCACCCAAGAAGACCAUUGUGAAGCAAAAGAAGAAGAAUGCCAGCAGUUCGGAAGAAGAUGGAGAGAAGAAAAAAGAGUCCAAGAAGGAGAGGAGGAAAGAAAAGCAAGACAAAGAAGGAGCACUACCAAAGAAAAAGAAGCCAAAGGAGAAACGGAAGAGGAUACCUGAAAUCCAGAACCAAGGUUUGACAUUAGAGGAAUGGUUACCAUCUCCCUGGAUUACUGACACCAUGCCACGGAGAUGCCCCUUCACCCCACAGAUGGGCGAUGAGGUAUAUUAUUUCCGUCAAGGCCAUGAAGCAUAUGUGGAGAUGGCCAAGAAAAACAAGAUCUUCAGCAUAAAUCCUAAAAAACAGCCCUGGCACAAGUUGGAGCUCAGGGAGCAGGAACUAUUGAAGAUUGUGGGCAUUAAGUAUGAGGUUGGCUUGCCUACUCUGUGCUGUCUGAAGCUGGCCUUCCUGGACCCAGACACUGGCAAACUGACGGGUGGCUCUUUCUCUAUGAAGUACCACGACAUGCCUGAUGUCAUCGACUUCCUAGUACUUCGGCAACAGUUCGAUAAUGCAAGACAACGGAACUGGAUGAUAGGUGAUCGUUUCCGCACGGUGAUAGAUGACGCCUGGUGGUUUGGUACGAUUGAGAGUCAGGAGCCUUACCAAGCUGAAUAUCCAGACUCUCUAUUCCAGUGUUACAACGUCUGCUGGGAUAAUGGAGACUCGGAAAAGAUGAGCCCAUGGGAUAUGGAGGAGAUUCCCAAUGAGGCAGUGUUUCCUGAUGAGUUAGGCAUGAGCGUGCCUCUAACUGAAGAAGAGCAGAAGGCAUUAUUGUACAAGCCUCUAGAAGGAGAGUGGGGCUCAUGCACACGUGACGAAGAGUGUGAUCGUAUCAUCAGGGGCAUUGACCAGCUUUGUACUUUGGAUGUGGCUGUGCCAUUUGCGCUGCCAGUGGACUUGCAAGCAUAUCCAACAUACUGCACUGUGGUUGCUUAUGUCACAGAUCUGAGUACCAUACGUCACAGACUAGAGAACCGUUUCUAUAGGCGAAUGUCGUCAUUGAUGUGGGAGAUACGCUACAUCGAACACAAUGCUCAAACCUUUAAUGAACCAGGCGCAUUCAUUGUCACAACUGCCAAAUUUGUAUCUGACCUCAUGCUGCAAUUUAUCAAGGACCAAAGUUGUACAGAUAUUUUCCCAUUAUAUAACAGUAUGAAGAAAGCAGCUUUCUCAGAUUCAAGUGAUGAUGAGGAUGAAGAAGAGGAUGAGGAGCAUGAAGCACCUUGUACAUCUACCCGCAAUAAGAAGGGCCGGCAGCAACAGCCCAUCUUGAGGAGUCUGCGCAGUAAACCGUCGUCAGACCCCGAGGCCUGGAAGGGGCACUGCAGAGGGCUGCUGAAGCUCAUCUUUCAAUGUGAAGAUUCAGAGCCUUUCAGACAACCUGUGGAUCUGGAGGAGUAUCCGGACUACCUGGACAUUGUGGACACUCCUAUGGACUUUGGUACUGUCUUGAACCGCCUGUUAGCAGGAGAGUAUGACACUCCCAUGGAUCUUUGUAAAGAUGUACGACUAAUCUUCAGCAACUCCAAAGCCUACACACCCAGCAAAAAGUCAAGGAUCUAUAGCAUGAGUCUACGAUUGUCCGCUCUGUUUGAAGAGCAUAUCAGUUCGAUCCUGACUGAUUUUAAAGCUGCUCAAAGUCUGCACAGUGAGCGAUUCACUCGACAGCGCCUGCACACGGAACGCUUGACCAGACAGUCUGUGAAGAGGAGGAGGAGCUCUUCCCCUUCAAGCACCGCCUCUAGUCCAGAAAGGAAAAGGCGGGUCUCUUCUCGCGCUCUUCCACGAUCUGACAAUGCAGUUCCACCCACUCCUGCUGGACCCUCCCGGACCCUUUCUUUACGACACACACUUCCACAAAUCAACGGAAAGGCUGAGCCUAAUGUUGCCCCAGGACGGACGCGUAGCUCUGCCCGCUUCGGAACCCAACCCACAAAUCCGCCUACUGCUCAGUCACCACCUCCCCCUCCCCCCACCAACAGUAAAACAGCGGAGCCCUCUUCUAGAGUUCUACGCACUCAGAAUUCUCACUCCACUGGCAUCUCCAGGGAAACCGAGAGCUCUGCGGUCCCCCAAAGCAAUAACGGCGGGGCCAGAGAGUCUCGUAGGAAGCUUCGAACACCUGUUAAACUCACACCAGGUCCAGUUAACCACUCUUCUCCUCAGAACAGUGUGCAUCUGAAUGGCCAUACAAGUCAAGCGACUGUGGGAGUAGGAAGAAGAGGGCGGGGUAGACCCAGAUUAGACGUACAAAUAAGGACGCCCAUAGUAGAGCCAACCCCCUCACCCCAGCCCUCUAGCAGAAAGAGAGGGAGGAAAAGCAAGAAAGAGCUGGAGGCCCUACAAAGAAACUCCACCCAUGAGGAGGAGCUUGUUCUGUCUACUAGUGAUGAGGGCGGGGCUUCUUCUACAGCCCAGGACAGUAGCCUUUCAGAUUCUGUCUUGACUCCAGAACAUCCAAGACGAGGUAGACCACGACAGAUCAGGACAACAGAUCAAACCGCACAUACUCCAGCUCUUUCAAGCCCCAAAACUCUAAGAAGGAGCAGUCGACGUGGCAUUGAAGAGACCACGCCCCCUGAUCCAGGCCCCACCCUGAGGGAGGAGCCAGAAACGUAUAUGAGCGAGGACGGGACCUCUAAAGGGCAAAUGAGAACGCGCAACCAGGGCCGAAGGACAGCCUUUUAUAAUGAGGAAGACUCUGAGGAAGAGCAAAGACAACUUUUGUUUGAAGAUGCCUCGAUCACUUUUGGCACGUCGAGCAAGGGUAGAGUCCGCAAGCUCACUGAAAAGGCCAAAGCCAACCUCAUUGGCUGGUAACGAUGCCAACUUUGCAUGUCCUCUGUGACAAAACCCCUUAUCCCCACUACACUGGGGAGGGGAACCAUUCCUGCUGCUAUCAAACUGUCACGAUCACAUGAAUCUUUGAUUCUGACUCUCUAAAUUGAUUCUCACUUUUUUAAUAUACUUUUUUUGGUGAUUUAACAAGGCAGUCUCAUGAAAAGUCACUGCCCCUUAUGAAAGCCCCCAUCUUAAACAUUUCUUCCCCAGAAAAAUCACAAAUGCAGUUUAAUAUUGAUUUCAUAUGCACUAUUUGAAAGCCAGUGAAGAAAGGUACCUGCCUACUUAGUCUUAUAAAAAUCCAAAUAUCUGAUUUCAUCUCUCACGAACGCACUUAUGUGUGGAAAAUAGCAAGUUUUACUCUGUGUUGUCUCUCUUUAACUGUUAAUUUUAUGCAUUGUUUUUACACAGUUGUUGCUAAUGGCAACAAAUCAGACACUUCUUUAAAAAAAAAAAAAUCUAUUUUUAACAUUCAGAGUGUUGGUGGCUUUUAAGCUAUAGUGGAGCAAGUGCAGAGAAGGACCACAUGAUUUUUUUUCUUCAGUUUUGUCUUUUAAUGUCUUUCUCUACAAGUCAAAAAAGAUCAGUAGCAGUGGUAAUUUGCAUGUUUUUAUAUAAUUAGCAAUACCUUGUGCCUUUUCAUACUUUCAAUACAUCAUGGUUCAUUUGUA